AACUGAUUCAGCACACGGACAUGUAUGAGGAAGGCUGUUUGUAACCACACGCCACUCUAUACAGUAUGUUGACUUUACAACGGUCAGGUUUUAGAAGAUACAAAUCAGCAGGCAUCAAUUUUGUUUGUGGUUUGACAAUCGGAAUAUUUUCCACCUUACUAGUAGCUAGUCUGACGUCACGGCAGUCGUUAAUAGGUCAGACCACAUAUGACGUCAUCAACAGACACCGCUACGAAAACAAAAAGGAUCAAUUUCCUUCAAUUUCAGUGUUACCUGAUCAGACUAAUAAGCGAUUCAUGAAAAAGGACUUUUUGCAUAAUGCAGAUAAAAUGAUCAGAGGAUUUCAACCAAUCAACUUCAACGAUUAUGAAUUUCAUCAAGAUGAAAACCACGUUGCCAUGGAUUUAAAAAAACAAGUACGUGUGUUAUGUUGGGUGAUGACAAGUCCACAAAAUCUUAAUGUUAAGACCAUACACGUACAACGCACAUGGGCCAAGCGAUGUAACGUGGUUGUUUACAUCAGCUCGACUUCAAACACCAGCUUUCCGACCGUGGGGCUGAACGUUUCCGAGGGACGGGACCAUCUUACGGAAAAAAGUAUGCAAGCGUUUAAGUACGUGUAUGACAAACAUUUCAAUGACGCUGAUUGGUUCUUGAAAGCUGAUGACGACACUUACGUUAUACUAGAAAACCUUCGUUAUUUACUGAAGUCACAUUCACAUGAGAAACCAGUCUACUUCGGGCAUCAUUUCAGACCACUAGUAAAGCAGGGUUACCACAGUGGAGGGGCGGGGUACGUCUUGAGUAAAGAAGCCCUACGAAGGCUGGUUCUGAAAGGAAACGAUACGAAUUUGUGCCGUAAAGCCGGUGCAAAUGAAGACGUAGAGAUUGGUCGAUGUAUGGAGAAUCUUGGAGUCAGAAUUGGAAACUCAACGGACGCCUUAGGGCGAACCCGAUUUCAUUGUUUCAGUCCUCAAACGCAUAUAUCUGGAAAUUUUCCUCGCUGGUUUUAUGAUUACGACAUUUUUCAUGGGAAGAAUAAGACUGUCCACCAUGGAACAUUUCUAAUUGUUUCAUGGACACGACUCUCAUAAGAUGAUGGAUGAUGAAAUCCAGUUCAGGGACACGUUCCUGCGGACUAUUCAGCAGCUGUAUCGGGCAAGGGAGAACGGAGGGCCACCGGGGAUGGACGCCAAUGGUCACCUACCGGUCAGUCCGCUCGGGACACCCACUCCGCCGGACCAUCAUCACCAUCAUCACUACCCACAUCAUCCGCUGCCGUCACCGAUCCCACGACACGGUACCACAGACCUGGUCUCGGGUAUGGACAACCCACUUACGGAUACCCCACCACAAAUCUCUGAUCCAGGAGGCGGGUCAAACGCCAAAGUGACCAACAAAAAAAUUAAAAUUGAAACCAUGCCAAAACAGAACGGGUCGACUGGUCAUCCGGGGUCAACAGGUCAACUUUCGCCGAAAGACAUGUCAUCUUUGGUUCAUCCUGACCGCCGACACCUAUGUCCUCACUGUUAUAAGGGUUUCAAGAGUCGCCAACAGUUGACACAGCAUAAUCUAGUCCAUACUAACGUACGAAAAUAUCACUGCAAAUUCUGUGAGAGAUCUUUCAAGCAGCUGUCCCACCUUCAUCAGCAUCAUCGGAUCCAUACAGGUGAGAAGCCCUAUAGAUGUCCAUUAGAAGGAUGUGAUCGGGCGUUUCCACAACUGUCUAACCUACAACACCAUAUAAGGAAUCAUGAUAAGUUGGUGGACAGUCAGUUCCAGUGUCAUCUGUGUGACAGGGCCUAUCCUAACGAGGCGACACUCAAGGCUCACAACACACGGACACACUUGCAUUCCAAGCCCCUUGACUUGACCCAGCAGCAGCAGUUACAGCAGCAACAGGAUCACCCUGGAGCCCCUGAGUCUCCCUCCCCCCUCCCCCAGAGCAGCCCGACUUCGCCGACACAGCAGAACCUGGCGGGGCAGGGCGUGAAGCCAAGGAAGAGGAAAGCCUCGAGGCCCCAACAUCUGUACAUGCCUCCAACCAUGGUCCCCAUCUCCACGCCCCUCACCCCUGAGGAGGAAAACUCAGCCGAACAAAAGGAGGAGAUAGACCGGUACCAGGAAAGGUUCCCUAGGGAGCUCCCUCAGGAUUCCUCCACACCUAACUGUUUUGGUGAAUCUCAAAAUGGCAUUCAUAAAAGCAUUCCACUAUCUAGGCUGAACUUGCCAGGUUUUGACCGGACAGAUAUGAAAAUGCCUAACUUAAGUCAGUCGGACAAGAUGCCAAACUUUAGUCAGUCAGAUAAAAUGCCUAACUUUAGUCAGUCAGAUAAAAUGCCUAACUUUAGUCAGUCAGAUAACAAGAUGUCCUCAAAUUGUCAGCCUGAAGGCAAGAUGUUAAAUCACAGCCAAUCAGCUGGCAAGAUCAUAGAAGCCAGCCAAUCAGAGGGCAGAAACUCCCCAUUCGGUCAGUCUGAAAGCAAGAUUUCAAACUGUCACCACCAAUCAGAAGACAGGAUUACCAGUUACAACCAAUGGGAUGCGCGGAAUAUUGAUGAAGACAAUCACGAUAAUCAUUCGAUUCGUUACGAUAGAAUGCAUCAGCAAACGGCCAGGGGAAUAGACAUGAAUGUGUUCGCAUUAUCGAAAUCUCUUGCCACAGGGUCUGCCAUUGUUCGACCCCCAAUACAUAUGAACAUGAUGAUGAAAUCGUCACAUGAUCAUAUUCUUCCACUGUCAAGAAAUAAUUUUGAUAUGGCAGCAUUUUCACGCCAACAGAAAUCUGAUCAACUACAGAGACAACUACAUAGUUCUAGUCCUUACCUGAUGUCGAGGCGAGAUCCUGCCCCGAAGGGAGUGUACUCUGGUGGCUGGCCUGUGCCACUCAAGUCAUCAGCCCUAGGGGUGGGGAUAGACCGCUCGGAAGAAACCCAUUCAGAUCGUUCCGCAAGUCAGUCGCCAAAUCUACAGGCUUCUCACUUUUCAUUGGACAGUUUUGACGAACCAAUGAACUGAAGAGACACAGAUUCAUUUUGGAUGCAUCUAGCUAGACCAUAAAAUGGUUGACCUAUUUGUCAUGGCAGAACUGAUGGGGAACACAUUUGUCGUUAACCAACAAAAAUGGACGGGAUAUGUCUGAUCCAAUGACUGCAAGGAUUACGACAAGUAAAACAGAACUCCACGAAGCUGUGCCAUGUGAUGGAGAAAACAAGCUAUUGUGGGAUUCUUUUUACCUGUUUAUUUAGAAUAAACAAUAACCCCCGCUAGUUACAUUGAAGGGAGGUAACUCUAACUCAAAUGUAUAUUGUACAAGGUAGCAUCCCACCUUGAGGAUGUUUGUGUUAUAAUCUUCUACUUAGUACAGUGAUACUUAACUCAUUCACCCCUAAAAUUUCAUAUUGAACUAUUCCAACCUUUAAAUUGGAAGAGUUCAAAUGUGUCUUCAGGGGUGAAUGAGUUAAGUUAGAUAAUUUGUUACAACAUCCCAAGAAAAUUAUUUGUCUGUAAAAUGGCCAAAAGGACACUUUAAAGAACUUGUCUACACUAAAACAAAAUGGAGACUUCUGGUCUGGAAGCUAUUAAGAGGUUUGAAGCAGAGCAUUAAAAUUCUAAAAACAAACAAUUUUGCUACACAGGCAUCUUUUAGCAAAAAUGAAUUCACCUCCAAAACUUUAGGGG